CGAAGAAGCUGCAUUGUGAUGAUGCUCUGUUAAACAGUCUAGUAUCUCACUCCCUCUUCUCAGCUCCAGAUGAAGCCAGUGUCUUUUAUUUAACAGGGGCUAACACAGCAGCGUAUUUGAAGCCUUCUGCAAACCAGACCGGAGAAGAAAAAAGCAGCAAGGCUUUCUUUGACAAGACACCUCAUUCUUUUUAAUGUUUCCAGAUGAGCCUUCCUUAAAAGACAACCAACACCCAGAAGGACAGCAUUUCCAGUGAAUUUCUAUUGAAAGGGAAAAGGAAGAGAGGAGGGGAUUUACAAGCCAAUUGCUCUGAAACACACAGGGUCUUUCCAGAACAAUAUCAAGUGUGAAGUUAUUGCAUUUUGUCUGAACGGGUGCUGUUGAAUAAAAGCGUCUGCCCGGCUGCUCUGCAUCAACAUGACUGAAAGUCGCAGGGAAGCACUGGUAGCACCAGAAGCGACCACCGCUGCCCAGGCCACUGUCGGCAAUGCCACAGAGUCCACCGGCCAAGGGGGAGCAGGCAAGGACGAUGCCUUUUCCAAGAUCAAGGGCAAGUUCAUGAACGAACUGAACAAAAUUCCAUUGCCGCAAUGGGCCUUAAUAGCCAUCGGCAUCGUAGCUGCCCUGCUGAUUGUAACCUGCUGCUUGUGUGUCUGUAAGAAGUGCUUGUUCAAGAAGAAGAGCAAGAAGAAAGGCAAAGAAAAGAGUGGGAAGAAUGCCAUGAACAUGAAAGAUGUCAAAGACGGAGGCAAAAAUGGAAGGGAUCAGGCUGUGAAGGAUGAUGAUGAUGAUGAUGAUGCAGAGACUGGGCUGACUGACGGAGAGAAGGAGAGUGAGCCCAAGGAGGCAGAGAAGCUGGGAAAACUACAAUACUCUUUAGAUUAUAAUUUCACAGAGAACCAGCUUAUUGUGGGGAUCAUUCAAGCAGCGGAGCUGCCUGCCUUGGAUAUGGGUGGCACAUCCGAUCCUUAUGUGAAAGUCUUCCUGCUGCCUGAUAAGAAGAAGAAAUUUGAGACCAAAGUUCACAGAAAGACCCUCAAUCCCACUUUCAACGAGCAGUUUACUUUCAAGGUGCCCUAUGCCGAACUGGGAGGCAAGACUCUUGUAAUGAAUGUAUAUGACUUUGACCGAUUCUCCAAGCAUGACAUCAUUGGGGAACUUAAAGUCCCAAUGAACACAGUGGACUUUGGCCAUGUGACUGAAGAAUGGAAGGACCUGCAGAGUGCUGAAAAAGAAGAGCAAGAGAAGCUGGGCGACAUUUGCUGCUCUCUCCGCUAUGUGCCUACUGCUGGUAAACUGACUGUUGUCAUCCUGGAAGCAAAGAACCUGAAGAAGAUGGACGUGGGUGGCUUAUCAGACCCUUACGUGAAAAUCCACCUGAUGCAGAACGGCAAGAGGCUCAAGAAAAAGAAGACAACGAUCAAGAAGAACACUCUGAACCCCUACUACAAUGAGUCGUUCAGCUUUGAAGUGCCGUUCGAGCAGAUCCAGAAAGUGCAAGUUGUGGUGACUGUUCUGGACUAUGACAAGAUCGGCAAAAACGAUGCGAUCGGCAAGAUCUUUGUGGGCUUCAACAGCAGUGGAACCGAGCUGCGACAUUGGUCAGACAUGCUGGCUAAUCCGAGGAGGCCCAUCGCACAGUGGCACGUUCUAAAGCCGGAGGAAGAAGUGGACGCGAUGCUUACCGUCAAGAAAUAAAGAAGAGAAACCUUUCAAUACCUACCCAUGUAGUGCUCUUUAGCCAGUAUAUGUAAAUACCUCAGUAAUAUGGGUCCAUUCACUUCCAUCUUUUGUGUUCUGUAACCACCAUCACCUUUUUUACAACAGUUAACGGUACUUUCUAUUUUCUUUUGAAUUUCCUUUCCACCUUUGCAGAUGUAGAGGCCCUUUUAAAAAAACACCCUCUUCUCACUUUACUGCAUCGUUUGUUUUGUUUUUCAGGCCACCCCCUUCUUUUAAGCAAUAUGAUCUGUGUAGAUAGAGCAUGACUGAAAUUAUUUAUUGUAUUACACAGUUGUAUAUACCAGUAUGCUAACAAAAUGAUUUCUAGUCUGUGUUUGUAUGUAGUUAAGCGUUUCCUAAUCUGUGUAUAUCUCGAUGUUUUUAAUAAGAUGUUCUAUUUUAAAUUAUGUAAAUGGACUGAGAUACAGGAAGCUGAUAUUAUAUAUUAUAGGAUUCCCAAUUCUAUCUUACUGCAUUCAAGUUAAAAUUCCAACCUGCAAGAAGACACUAGUGGAGGUGUACUCACAUUGUAAAGGACAGUGCCAGUCUGUAUGUUUACUUAUCAAACCAUCAAAAAAAAAGGCCAUUAACUAGUAUGGUUACACAAGAAAAAAAAGUAUGCUGCUGAAAAUGAUAUAAGCACAGGGUUUCUUAUGACUUUUUAUACUAUGUUUUUUUUCAAUUGAAGAUCUUUAAGUUUAGCUUCAUCGUUGUACCAAGACAUUCCAAAAAGCUAAAACGAUUGCCUUUUUUUUUGUUUGAGCAAGGUUUCACAUUGUGGACCGGUGAGUUACUUUUAAGUACAAUAGGUCAUCUGUUAAGACCAUGUUUUCUUUAAUGGUCUUUAUUUUUUAGAAGCAGAUCUUCUUGAACUUGUAAGCAUUACUUUGACCCCCUGAAUAUAACCCCCUCUGAAACGGAACGAUGUUCUAGCCAUUGUGUCCUUCAAGCUAGAUUAAUAGUAUUUUGCUAAUUGUCUACAACUGAUAGCCUUGAUGUUUGAUAUAGACUUAGUUGAGGGUUUAGAGUACGGUUUUCAAAGUGGGGAAAGGGGUUUUGACACUAGCUUUAAGAUCAAUAUUUUUAGAUAACCUUUUCAGUGUCUGGAGUAUUUUUUAGAAACUGCAUGAUUUUUUUAAUAAUGUUUUGCUAAUUAACUUGGGUUGGGGGGGGGGGUUGUUCUGCUAUACUCGGGGGUCUCUUUUUAUAGUGUCCCCUUACCUUCAAUCAAAAAAAAAUCAAAAAUCCAGCAGGAUAGUAUACACAUGUAGAAAAUGCUGAUGAGAGUUAAAACACUGCCAUUUUCAGGGAGGUAACAACAGUGUCCUUUUCUUCAAGUGCACUCUGUACAAGCCGCGCUUGUUGUUUUUUUCAGGCCCAAAAUGGUACCAGGAAUGUCAGCCGCCAUAUUGUUCUGCCUUCUCACGGUGGCAACAUUGUCAGCCAUGUUGUUUUACUGCCUCUUUCCUGUGGCUGCCGUGUUCAGCUAUGAGUUGUCUGCUGCAGGAGUUGGCACUAAGCUGACUUCAAACAGAAAAGGCUGCCAGGUUUUUCUGUUUGUUCAGAGAAACAAUGGCAUGGUCGCUCUGCAUAUUUAUGGAAGCAGUCAUGACUGCCAUUUUGGACUGGGUUUUAGUGGAAACAAAAAUGGCUGCCAUUUUGUAUUACCACACUACUGAAGCCAUGGUAGCUGGUAUGUUCUCUAGUGUUCUUCUAACACAAAGAGAUGAGAUUAAUAAAUAAAUAAAUACAUAAUCAAAAACCGUAAAAGUUAAUGGUCUCCUUCAUUAAUGAAACAAUUCAAAAUAAUUAUUGUGUCCUUUACUACGGGUUAACAAGAGGAAUACAAAGUGAAAAGUUCUAGUAAAUUAAAACAGAUUCCCUUAUCUUUGAGGAACCUCUUGUAUAUGCUAGAUGCUUGCUUCAGGAGGAGUUUCUAAAUGUUUUCAAUGUUAUUAUAUAGUAAAUGGCACUAUUAUAAAGCUAUUAGUCAUUCCAUGAGAGUCUCUAGGGACUGCUUUGUGUAUCACUGUGAGUGCCGUGCGUGCUUAGAAAUGUAGAUUCCUCAGUGGAUAGCGACCGAUUUGUUCUGUAGUGAUAUUGUAUUAAUGCUGCCAUUCCCUUCUACUGCACUGCUGAGAUCGUGCAUAGCACAAACAGUUCUAAUAACCCCGGACCAAUCAAGAACUGACGGGCUAUGCAUUGGAAACAGAGUUUUAAAAGAGAGCGGCUCAAAUCACACAGCAUUUUGUUGAGCACUGUGCAGUAUGAUGUCUGUUCUUCAUGGCUCAUAGUGUUACUAUAUGUGGGCUGUGUAGCCCCAGAGAGAAGAUUCUUAUUACUUAUUACGUUCAUUGUAAAGCAAUGGUUAGGACACAGCACACUGAGCUCCUAUUGAAAUAUGAGCUAAACACGUUUGUGAUGUGUUUGUUUUUACCCUAUUUUUUGCAUGCAGGUCCAACAACGAAAUAUUCAGGAAUUAAAAUGAAAAACAGACCAAAAUGUUACUAUUAUUAUUAUUAUUAUUAUUAUUAUUAUUAUUAUUAUUAUUAUUGUCAUCUUUUUUGUUGUACACCCGAAUGUACCCCUAGGUUUAGCUUAACAUAAUAUGUAUGUUAUUAUGGGACCAGAUACAGAUGGCAAUAAAUAUUGAUAAUUUAUUAAAUUAAAUAAAAAUUCAAAAUUUUGAGUAUCCCAUUAAGUCUUUUAGGGCCGAGAUAUAGUAUAUACUCUAUUAAUGUUAUGUGCAGUUUAAAGACAAACUCCCUUUUGUAAAUUCCACAUUUUGAAAUGAAAUACAUUGUUUUUAUUAUUCCUGUUGAUAUUUCUCAUGGUUUCCAAACAUUUUGUUUAAAUGUUUAGCAUUUGAAAACAAUAUAGUGGUAGUUCCAUGCUGUUUACCUUUGUUACGACUGAUUUCCGGAUCUUAUAUUGCGAAUAGGUUCGUUUGGUUAUCUAAAAAAAGCAUUUAGUACAACAGUAGCCCUGGAGCUAAGGGUCAGUCCAACAAAAUAAUCUGCAUUAAACAUAAAUUACAUAACAGCAACAACAACAAGAAUCUCCUUUUUCUAUAGCUCAUUUCAACACGGGGAUCCCGAAGCGCUUCACACACACACACACACAAAUUAAAACAUUACAUUAAAAACAGCCUCAUACAAAAUCUAAUAAAACACUAAUAAAAAAAGAGAUACAAAAUUUUGGUAAAAAAAAAAAUAAAGCUAGUUUGUAGAAAUAGAGCAAUUAAGUCUAAAAUUUAAUUUAUGAUGAAACAAAGACAUGCAUUAGUCUUUCAGCAUCAGAUACUGAAAUAAUAGGUCUAGCUCAAAUGAUAAAAGGAUACCUUAGAAACUCCUAAUACGAGUCUCGAAUCAUAGGUCAGGGUCAAAGGUGACCCCCACAUUUCACAGUUCUAGUUUUAGUUUUGCUGAGAGACUGUUAAAGUCUAUGUGUUGUUUACAAGGGAGUUAAUCUUUAAAUAAAAUAUGUUUUAUAUCCCUGGUUAUAAAUGAUAACCUAUACCCAGUUGUUUAAAUAUUUUAAAAGUCUAUUUAGUGUGUCAUUUAUGUAUUAUUUAUAAGAUUAACCUUGUACAAAUGGAUCCAAAGCUGAUAAAACGUAUCAUAGUGUGACGAGUAAGGGAUAUAUAACAACGUUUACAAAUUAUUUGUAUUGCAUUAAUAAAAGCGUAUACAUACCAGGUUAAUUAACAGUGAUAGGAAGCAUCGCAGUUUGCAAGAUCCGACUGCAAGGUUUCAAGUGUGCCUUGUAAAAAGCCAUUACCUGCAAUGAGAUGCAAUGCUUCCUUUACUGCCUCCAAAGCAUGCGCUAAACCCUACCAUUUCUGUUUAAAUAAAGUCCACUUUGAACUUGCUGUGUGACCAAGACAUUUCAUUCCUCAACAAAAUAAAGAAGCCACACUUACCUUUCUGACGAAGCUGUGUAAAGUAUUAGAAUCUGAUGCUGUAGAAAGAUCCUAGUUGCCUUUGUGUAUAGUAACUGCCUGCUUGAGUAUUUUGUGUGUGUGGAAAUUUUCUCUCUGUAAUCUCGUAGAAAUGUUGGGGUGUUCUUUCCUGCCAUAUUGCUCGUGAUGGUGUGAGCUGAUGGUUAUAUAGCUGUGUAUACCUUCAUUUUUGACGAGGUGUUUUACAAUUUUGUUUUCACUUUGUGUAGUGAUUCACACUGUGGAGUUUCCUGAUUGUUGUUAUAUAACUUAAUAUACACAAAUGUUCAAUAAAAAUGUUUUAUUUCCUGUUAAGCGUUUACAAGCCCUUUUAUUACUGGCUGUUCGAUUUGAUCUUGUGUAUGCUUUUAGACCUAAUGUGUAGGCUGCUACAGAAAAGAAGAAACGCUAUUAUUUGAAGGCAAUGAAUAAAUCUCAAAUGAGUGAUAACCAAUGUUUUAAAACCAUUUCUUUUUGUCCUCCUUUAAGGUGAUCUGAUUGCAUUUGUGUUAUACUUCACUAAGUGUUGUUUUCAAAGCUGUGUACAUCAUGUUAAGUAAAUGUCUGGAUUAAAAAAAA